AUGCAGAGUACAUCCCCAUCACUGAUCCGUGCUCACCGUGGUGGGCCGUCUCAGUUAUCUCCGCCGCUUAGUCAUCCACGUUCCAUUCCAGAUCCGAUGAUCCGAUCAUCUGAUCAUCUUAUCUUGUCUGAUGCUGUACAGAAAGAAUACUUUGUAGUCUCGAGUGAUGGCAAAGUUCUGUUCCCGGUUCAGCGUUCCUAUUAUUUCAGAAUUCAACAGUCCAGCACCGAAAAGAAAUCAUUAUUGGACCUCCCCUACUCUUCGUUUCCGCCAGAACAGCAAGGCGCAGGCGACUCAGAUGAUUAUGCGUAA